AUGAUCCAAUUCCCCUCUUCCGCUCUACUACUACUUUCCUUGUGUUUGCUCGUCUCGAGCACCUCUGGCCAAGAAUGGUGGUUAACCUCCGAGGAUGAUAAUGGCAGUAAUAAGCCACCCGUCUUUCCCACGGCGUGCGUCAAAAUGGCCCUCUACAACAACACGCAAUGCGAGGGACAUCCCACACAACAGGUCAAAUACCCCACUUGGCAAAGACCCAAUGAUUGUCCCUGUUUCAAAGACCCCACACACCCGUACGCAUCGGUGGACGGUCAAUACUGUGAUACAUCGCAAGAAAUAUACCAUUUGAGCAUUUAUCCGUUGGAUGGACAUUGUCAAACCAAUCAGUACACCAAAUCCUUUGCACCCGUCAAGAUUGCCGUACCGGCGGGACAGUGCUACCUGGGAUUCAAAAUCAAACACUGCAAACAGGGUCCUUGUAUUGGCGAUGAUGACAGCGAAGAAGUUGUGGAAGGCAAUGUGUCGACGAUUCUGCAACGGUAUUUGCAAAAUGCAGGUGAGGCGGCAGAAUCCUUCUUGCGAGGAGGUGCCUCGAUGAACGUGAACUAG